AUGACUGGCGUUGGAAAUACACUCAAAAGGCAUUAUGAAACUUACCUUCUAGAAUAUGAAUUAGCACAUGAUGAUGUGGAUGGAGAGUGCUGCUUGUUGUGUCACAGUAGUGCAGCUGGGGAUUGGGUGAAUUGUGGCAUAUGUGGCGAGUGGGCCCACUUCGGCUGUGACAGACGGCAAGGUCUUGGCGCAUUUAAGGAUUAUGCAAAAACAGAUGGACUGGAAUAUAUUUGUCCUCAUUGUAGCGUAACAAAUUUCAAGAAGAAACCCUCAGGUGUUGCCAAUGGGUUUUCUCAGGGGUCAACGGCAUCAAAACCCUUUUGAUAUACUUCUGCUCUCCCUCCCUCCAUUAACAA